AUGAACAGUCUCUGUCAUAAGGUGUUGAAUUCUGCGGAGCGUGAACUUGGGCCGCUGGGUUCACCAGAACUGGUGUUUGGAGCAGCGACCUUCUCAUACCACUACAAUACCGAUGAAUUUCUCACAUCAGAUAUACCGUUCAGAACGGUGAGGCUAGCUUUGCGAUAUGGAAUCAAUGUCUUUGAUACUGCACCAUACUAUGGCAACUCUGAGAUUGUACUGGGAACUGUCCUGAAAGCCUUACAGCCGGAGUUCCCCCGCACUUCCUACAAGCUGAUCACGAAGUGCGGGCGUUAUAGCCCCGGCCAAGAUGGGUUUGACUACUCCCCUGCAACGAUCCGCACAGGUAUCCUCAGGAGUCUCGCGCGCUUACAUACAGGCUAUCUGGACGCUGUGUAUCUGCACGAUGUGGAAUUUGUCUGCACGAAGGUUGCCUCGAAAAGCACCGGAAACCAUGCGACUGCUCUGAAAGAAGACAAAGCUGCCUAUGGUCUGCUGGAGGGCGAGGAAGGAAAGAUUUGGGGCGAAGGCGAUCAAAAGAUUCUUGACGCUAUUGGUGAACUACGCAAGUUGAAGCAAGAGGGUCUCAUCAGGAAUAUCGGUAUCUCAGGUUUCCCGCUUCCCACACUCCUGCGUCUGGCCUUGUUGGUGCUCCACACGCCGCCAUAUGAGCCGUUGGAUAUCAUCCUCUCCUAUUCGCACCUCUGUCUCCAGAACGCAACUUACAGCGAAUUCAUCCCUCACUUCCGCGACCGCGCUCAAAUUCGAAACGUGCUCACCGCAUCCCCGCUGAGCAUGGGCUUGUUGACGCCCUCGCCACCAAUAUGGCAUCCCGCCCCGGAGCCUUUGCGCGGUGCAAUCGAGGAGGCCAACAAGCAGUGCGCUGAAUGGGAUGGCGGAUUAGUCAACAUUGCGGUGGGCUAUGCGCUCCGUCGUGCGAAGGACGUUCCUACGGUCGUAGGUUUCAGCAAACCCCGAGAGGUGCAUGAGAACGUCAGGGUAUGGCGAGAAGUGCAGGAUGAUGUAGAAGGGCAUCGAAGGAAGGAACUGGAGAACAAGUGUGUGGGUAUCUUUAGAACCGCUGGCUAUCUGGACUGGGACUGGGCUACCGCCUGA